UGUUAUAAUUUAUUUUUUUUGCAGUUGGCGUCAGAAGGUACUUUUUACUAAAAGACUAAAUUUACCAGAAUCAAAAGCGAUGCCACUUCUGGGUACUUCUUACAGUUUUCUUUACGAAAUAUUUGGAGGUAUUUUGAAUGUCAUAAAUAAAAUGGCAGAAAAGUAUCCAUCGCCAACACAAUUUUAUGUGGCCCAUAAAGUACUAGUUGGAAUAUACGAACCAGAUCAAAUAAAGAUUGUCUUACGCAGUAAAAAUUGUUUAGACAAGAGUAUAAUAUAUAAAUAUGGUGAAUCAUUAUUUGGCACAGGAUUAUUGACAGCUCCUGUAUACAUAUGGACGCGAUCUCGAAGAAUGAUAGCACCAAUCUUUAAUGCAUACAUGUUGAAAAAAUUUUUUAAAGUAUUUGCUAAAAAAGCUUUAAUACUUAAUGAAGAAUUAGAGCAAAUUGCGCAAAAUAACAAUGAAAUUGUCUUUCUUAAAUAUAUAGCAAAAUGUGUUUUAGGAAUUACAUGUGAUACUAUGGACAUUAAGAUGGAAACAGAUAUUCUUCAUCAGUUUAUGAAAGCAAUAAAAAGAUUAAAGGAAAUUGCAAGAUAUCGAUUCUGGAAAAUUUAUUUACAUCCUGACAUUAUAUUUAAUCUCACUGCUAUGGGACGCGAACAGAAAAAGAUUUUAAAUUUUAUGCAAGCUGCUAUCGAUAAGAUGAUACAACAACGGAUAAACCAUUCAAAUACGGUCAAGUACAACGAUGACACUAUCGAUUGUAGCUCUCUCGAUAUGCUGAUAGCAUCAUCUCAUAUUGAAAAAUUUACGAGAAAGGAGAUUUGUGAUAAUAUUAUAACGUUGAUAAUAACUGGUAGUGACUCAAUUACCUUUACAACUCAUCUUGUGAUUUUUAUGUUGGCAAAUUUUCCAAAAAUACAGGAAAAAGUGUAUAAAGAAAUGCUGGAUAUUUACGGUAUGGAAACUCCAAAUACUACUCCAGUGAAGUACGAUGAUAUACAACGUAUGCAUUAUUUGGAUUGCGUUGUUAAGGAAACUUUGAGAAUUUUCCCUACUGUUCCUCUAAUUGGACGGAAAUUAAUGGAAGACUUAAAAAUAGGAAAUCAUAUUUUGCCGAAAGGGACAGAUGUUGUUAUACCAAUUAUACACUUACAUCGAAAUGAAAAAUAUUGGCCAAACCCGUUAACAUUUAAUCCGGAUAGAUUUCUUCCAGACAAAAUAAAGGCAAAUCCCUCAUAUUACUAUAUACCUUUUAGUGAUGGUCCAAGAAAUUGUAUAGGUAUGAACUAUGGGAUGAUUGCUAUAAAAGUUAUUCUAGCUACUUUGGUACGAGCAUUUAUAUUCAAAGUAGAUAAAAGUAUAGAUAUAAAAGAUAUACAGUUAAAUAUAUAUAUAAUAUUAUCUACAAUUAAACCUUUAAAGAUUAAAAUAGAAAAACGGAAUCUACAACAAAAUAGCGUGAAAAUAUGUUAAACGCAAUAUAACAUAUAAAAUAUAUAACAUAAAAUUUUCUGUAUAAUUUUUGUUUUUAUCAGAUAUAUUGAAGCAUAGAGAUUGCAGCCUUAAAAUAGAUUUAUUAUAGCUAAAUUAGAUUGAAAUUGUACAGUUUACAACGGAUUAUAACGAUGUAUAACAAUUUGCUUCAAAUAUGUGAGAUAGAUUCCUUUAUCAAAAACAAAUACAUAACCAUAUAUAUUUAGCUACACAUAUAUAUUUAACU